UUUUUUUUUCCCAAUUCCUUUAUUAUACCAUAAAAUAAGUUAUAAUGGCCGAAUAUCUUGCUAGUAUUUAUGGUACUGAAAAAGACAAAGUAAAUUGUUCUUUUUAUUUCAAGAUUGGUGCUUGCCGACAUGGCGAUCGUUGCUCAAGAAAACACGUAAAACCUACUUUUUCACAGACACUUUUGAUUGCCAACAUGUAUAAAAAUCCAGCUCAUGAUCCUAACAACCACAUGACUGAAAAACAACUUCAAAAUGAUUUCGAUUUAUUUUAUGAGGAUGUAUUUAUGGAGCUUGCAAAGUUUGGAGAAGUUGAAGAAAUGGUAGUCUGUGAUAAUGUUGGUGAUCAUCUAGUUGGUAAUGUUUAUUGUCAAUUUCGCUUAGAAGAAUCCGCCGGUAAUGCGGUAACGAGUUUAAAUAAUAGAUUUUAUGCAGGCCGCCCACUAUAUGCAGAACUUUCACCAGUAACUGAUUUCAGAGAAGCUUGUUGCAGGCAACAUGAAAUUUCGGAAUGCAAUCGUGGAGGUUUCUGUAAUUUUAUGCAUCUUAAACAUCCUUCACGUCAAUUACGGAGAGAAUUAUAUGAAGGACAAAGAUUAGAUAUAAAGGAAAAACGUAGAGAGGAAAUGCGACGUGAGGAAGAAGAAAGAAGACCGAGAGAUAGAGAAAGAGAUAGAGAUAGAGAAAGAGAAAGAGAAAGGGAAAGGGAAAGGGAAAGGGAAAGAAAUAGAGGUUAUCACGACAGGCCAGAAGAUGAACAUUCUCAUUUAAAACAUGAAUUGAAAGCUGAAAGAAUGGAAUAUUAAAUUUAAUUUUUAUAAUUAUAUAUUAUAAUGAUAAUGAUAAUAGU